AAAAAAAAUAAUACAUCUCAGUUUGGAACAAAAGUUUUCAAAUGAUAACACGUUACAUGACAAUGGUGGUCUCGAGCUGCUAUUUUGAUGGUGUAAAUGGAAAGCAAAUGGGUGUGUUCUUUACAACUGUUCCAUUGCUGGCAGUACUGUUCCUUAACAGUGUGUUCUACGGGCUGACUUAUUUUCGUAUUCACCAAGAAGGUAAACGUCUUAAAGAUACAGUUGGCGAAAAUGCAGCGUCUGUAAAAGGGGCUCAUAAAGCGGCCAAAACCAUGUCGCUGUUCGUAACAGCUUUCUUCAUUCAAUGGUGGGCAAUGGCAAUAUAUGGAGCAUGGCAAUUGGUCGAGGAUGUUCCACAGUUGCUAUUCCAGGCAGUCACAACCUUUUCUAAUCUUGGUGGUGUUCUAAAUGGAAUUGUCUUCAUUAUCAUUAAGAAGAGACAGAACACAACAGAACAAGAAUCCAAAUCGGUGACGCAAACAACGAAAGCCUGAGUGGCUCCUUAUUGGAAACUCGAAUUUCCUGCUUUAAUCAAGAUUUUUCUCAUAAACCUAGCUAACAGUCAAUGUUAAAAAAG